AUGAUCCACCCUGUGCUUUCUGGCGAGCAAAUCAUCGAGGCCGUGGUCUCGGACUCGCGCUACCACAACAACACGCAGAACGUCGUGGCGCCACACAUCACCGCCUCUUUUUCGCGCAACGAUAAUGAGCUUUUGGCGCAAAUCGGCUACAAGCCCGAGCUCCGGCGCCAGUUCCUGACGCUCCAGGUGUUUGGCGUGGCGUUUUCCAUCAUGGGCUUGCUUCCCUCGGUGGCGUCCAUUCUUGCCACGGCGCUUUUGGCCGGCCCGGCCGGCGCCAUCUGGGGCUGGCUCAUAUCGUCGAUUUUGAUUUUGACCAUUGGCAUUGCCAUGAGCGAGAACGCCUCCUUCUUGCCCACGCUGGGCGGGCUCUACUACUGGACCAACUACUACGCGCCGGCCAAGUACAAGUCUGUGAUCUCGUACGUGGUGGGAAACACAAACUCCAUUGCGUUGGUGGGCGCGCUUUGCUCCGUCGAUUACGGCUUUGCCACCGAGGUGUUGUCGGUGGUGGUGAUUGCCAAGGACGGCAACUACAACAUCACGUCGGCCAAGACGUACGGCGUUUUCGUGGCGUGCGUGGUGGCGCACAUUGCCAUCACCUGUCUUUCGCUGAAACAUGCGGCGUGGCUCCAGACAACGUCCAUUGUGGUGAAUGUGACGCUCAUUGCGCUUUUUGUCAUUGCCAUGCCCAUCGCAGCGUCGCGCGGCCUGUUCAAGUCGGCCAGCUGGGUGUUUGGCCACUUCUCCAACUACACGUCUUUCCCCAUUGGCUGGACGCAGUUGUCGCAGGCAUGGUUGCCGGCCAUCUGGACCAUUGGGGCCUUUGACUCGUGUGUGCACAUGUCUGAGGAAUGCACCAACGCGACUCGGACCAUCCCCAUUGGCAUCAUCACCUCCAUCUCCAUGUGCGGCGUUUUGGGCUGGGUGAUUAUGGUGGUGACAUGUUUCUGUAUCCAGACCAACGACAUUGAAAAUGACAUUUUGGGCCUGCCCUUUGGCCAGCCCAUGGCGCAGAUCAUCUACGACGCCUUUGAAACCAAGGCGGGUCAGGGCAAGAAGGUGGCCAUGGCGUUCAUGGUGCUCAUUGCGUUUGCCCAGUUUUUGAUGGGCGCCUCCAUUCUCACCGCCAUCAGCAGACAGAUUUUCGCCUUUGCCAGAGACAACGGCUUGCCCAUGUCGUGGUGGAUCAAGAAAGUCAACAAGAAGUUGUCUGUGCCUAUCCACGCCGUGAUCACCGGUGGUGUGGCGGCCAUUGUCAUUGGUCUCUUGUGUCUUAUCGGAACCACCGCCGCAAACGCUCUUUUCACCUUGUACAUUGCCGGAAACUACUUUGCCUGGGGCAUGCCCACGUUUCUCCGCUUGUUGUACAUGGACGAGAAGUUCCAGCCCGGGCCGUUUUACUUGGGUCCCUUCUGGAGCAGGGUCAACGGCUGGGUCUCCACCGUUUUCAUUGCCUACACCAUUGUCAUGGUGAUGUUCCCCACCAACACAAACCCGGACAAGGAUUCGAUGAACUACACGUGUGUCAUUACUCCGGGCGUGUGGAUUUUGUCUCUCUUGUACUACUAUGUGUACGCCCACCGCAUCUACCAUGGUCCUACCAAGACUGUGGAUGACGAGGAGCACAGUUCCAGCGAGGAGGUGCAGUACAUCGACGGCCAGGUGGAGGAGAAGGCGUAA